AGAGAGAGGGAAGUCAGGUUGGGGAAUAUUCGAGAGCGUGUGGAUAGGAGCCUUGACCCAGAGCCUCCAGAGGGCCCCACAUCGCGGGCUCAAUCCGGGACCACGUGGUCUCGUCCUCUUUUUGUUGCCGACUCUCAACAGAGCGUGUGCUGUCCACACCUUCAAAGGAUUUACCAGUAUUUGUGGAAUACGUGAGUGCAGUCAAAAGUCCCUAGAGUGCGUACUUACCCGCAUUGUUUCAAACCAUGUCGUGCCAAUUACAUCCAUCCAAGUCGAGUCGAGUUCAGAAAUUGGCACUCUAGUACUCAAACCCAAAGAACGAUGUCAACCAUAUCCCUCUCAGAAUCGCUCCUAGGAAAGCCCACUCAUGCACCCAAGAAAUUUGAAACACUUCUUCGAUCUCCCGUUGCCAAAGACGAUCGCACAGAGGUGAUGAAUUACCUACGCGACGCCGAACGGGACUACCGCAACGGUCAGGUCGAAAUCAACAAGUGCAAGGCCAUGAUAUUGAUGCUGGAGUCGAAGAGGGAGGGGAUAAAGAAAUCGAUGGAGAGGUAUCGGAGUUUACUGUCGCCGGUUUAUCGGCUGCCUUCAGAACUUCUCUCGGAGAUUUUUGGGUACUGUUGCGAAUACAAUUUUCUGGACCUGGCCAUGCCCCCAGCUAUUUCCCUGUCCAUGGUCUGUGGUCGUUGGAGGGAAAUCGUCCUAUCGUCACCGAGACUUUGGUCCUCCAUAACAAUCAUGGGGCUCAGAUACCACAACUAUCAGCAAGCGGAUGAGGGAACGGAUGAAGAGGAUGUGGAUGAGGAGGAACUUCACAGAGAUCGCGUCACCAAUCGGAUACGACUAUGCUUGGAACGAUCAAAAUCGGCCCCUUUGGCACUCAAUGUUACCAUUCACGACAAUUCUUGGGACGAGCACGAUUUGGGCUAUAUCGUUAUGCGCCUUCUUGCCGAACACUCGGAAAGAUGGGAAAAGUUCACAUUUACAGGACCCGAGUUUUAUGCCAGCUCCGUGGCGGGUGAAAUCAACUUGCCUAUUCUCUCGCACCUCCGCCUAAUGUUGCUUGAUCGAGAUUCUCUCCUUCCUCUUGACCGGUUCCGGAACUGCCCGGUGCUCAGCUCAGUCGAUACAGACACUACGGAUCGCCUACAACUUCCAUGGGCAAGUAUCCGUGCCCUGAGGUUGACCGAGUGCACAGACAGCUCUGUGUUGCCGGUUCUGUCGUCGUGUCUAAAUCUAGAAGAGCUCAGACUGUUCGAGCACUAUGACUCCUAUGAUCAGACCCCACGCCGGGAGAUGAUUAUGUCGGACACGAUCAAGACACUGUCAAUAUUAUCCAUAGACUCAGAUUCGGAAGGUCAGAUUGUUCAGCACUUUACCUUUCCCCGCCUCUCUUCCAUCGAUAUUGUACAUCCGAGGAUGAGCCCCCUCCAUCUACAGCAACUGAUCCAGCGAUCCUCCUGCUCCAUCACCUCCCUAAGCCUCAAUGGCCCCCGUCUCACAGAUCCUCAGCUAUCAUCCCUCCUUCGCCUCAUGCCUGAAUUGAGGAUGCUUGAUAUCGGAAACUGUGAAGGGUAUCCUAUCUCCGGACCUCGCUUCUUGGAGCACCUCGUCGUCAAUCCAGAUGACCAUCAAAUGUUUUUGCCGCACCUCAUGGAACUGAAGAUUGAGCUCGCUGGCGAACAGGUGGAUGAACAGACCCUCACAAACGCUCUGACAUCCAGAUUGUUUCGAAUUUCGUCCGUGUCCUCUUCUAUAGGCGUCGAUCGCCUAAAAUCCCUAAAUAUUCGGUUUUGGUGGGACUUUGAAAUCCCGCCGGAGGCGUUCCCUUCGUUGCAGUAUCUUGGGGAUUUUGGCCUAGAAUUAAACAUCUCCCACUGCAUCUUCUGUGGAUACUAGUCGUGUUGCCUUCUACGAUAACCCCGCAGAUACCACCCAUGCGUCUUCUUCAGUCUCUCUCGCUUCGUCUCUGGGCUUUCUAUCGAUAUCCCGUUGCCCGAUUUGCUUGCACUUAUUUGAUGUAAGUGUGAUAUUACGGACAUCCUUAGACAUAUCGAAACGCCUGGCGGGGGAUUGGCAUGACCAGCCAUAAACUAUAGCAUAGUACCAAGUUUGAGCCAUACGAGUCGGUACGGACUUGAAUAUCUACAGUUGCUGGUAAUUGGAGGAAGAAAUCAAGAUGGACCAUGCAGUAGACUACCAAUAGCGCCUAUAAAUCUUAGUCUAGAAAAUUGUAUGGCAGUAGCCUGGACCGUGGUCUCGUACUGCACACUGCACAUGCACGCCAUUGCGAGCUGUAAAGGCGUCGGUACUCAGUUUUUUUUCAUGUAGUAAGUAAUACUCUAUACAGGUAC